CGGAAGCGCGCACCGCCUGGCGGGCCACGCCUCUUCCACCKCGGGCCGCGUGCAGGACAGGUGCCCGGUGGUGUCUCGUGGGCAGUUACGUGUCUGUAAUCCACAGUGCCAGGCUGGUGACAACAGGGGGACAGUGCCAGUGACAGCAGCGAUGGGCACAGGGAUGGAGCUGGCAGCGGCACAGUGUGACUCAUCGGAGGGGAGGGUCUACCUGGACCACAACGCCACCACCCCGCUGGCCCCUGAGGUGGCCCAGGCCGUAUGGGAUGCCAUGUGCCAGGCCUGGGGGAACCCCAGCAGCUCUCACCCCACAGGCAAGAAGGCAAAGGAGCUCAUCGGCUGUGCGCGGGAGAGCUUGGCGAGGAUGCUGGGAGGUCGGCCCGAGGACAUCAUCUUCACCUCGGGGGGCACGGAGGCGAACAACAUGGUGAUCCACACUGCCUGCAGGCACUUCCAUGAGAACCAGCGUGGGACAGGGGACAACCGGGGCACACCACACAUCGUGACAUCAAGCGUGGAGCAUGACUCCAUCCGCCUGCCGCUGGAGCAGCUGGGGAGGGAGGGCCUGGCAGAAGCCACCUUUGUGCCUGUGUCCCCACUGAGUGGGCAGGCAGAGGUGGAUGAUGUCCUGGCUGCUGUCCGGCCGAACACCUGCCUUGUYUCCCUCAUGUUGGCCAAUAACGAGACCGGGAUUAUCAUGCCUGUCGCAGAGCUGAGCCAGCGCAUCCGUGCCCUCAACCAACGCAGAACAGCAGAAGGGCUGCCCAGAAUCCUGGUGCACACAGAUGCAGCACAGAUGAUUGGCAAGGGCCGUGUGGACGUGCGGGAGCUGGGUGUGGACUACCUGACCAUCGUGGGACACAAGUUCCAUGGCCCGCGGAUUGGAGCGCUGUAUGCCCAUGGCCCUGGCACCACUGCCCCGCUGCAUCCCAUGCUCUUUGGAGGGGGACAGGAGAGGAAUUUCCGGCCAGGCACUGAGAACACCCCGAUGAUUGCCGGCCUUGGCCAGGCUGCAGAGUUAGUGAGCACAAACUGGGAGGCCUACGAGGCUCAUAUGCAGGAUGUCCGGGAUUACCUGGAGGCCAGGCUGGAGGCCUCCUUUGGAAAGCAGAGGAUUCACUUCAACAGUCACUUUAAGGGCUCYAAGCGACUCUGCAACACCUGUAACUUCUCCAUCCUGGGCCCAGGCCUUCAAGGACGAAGGGUGCUGGCCCACUGCAAGGUGCUCCUCGCCAGUGUCGGGGCUGCGUGCCACUCUGAGAAGGGGGAUCGGCCCUCCCCAGUGCUGCUGAGCUGCGGGAUCCCCCCGGAGGUGGCACAGAACGCGCUCCGGCUGAGCGUGGGGCGCAGCACGGCGCGGGCAGACGUGGACAGGGCUGUGCAGGACCUCAUGCAGGCUGUGGAGCAGCUGGAGCGGGACCAGGCCCCAGAGACCCUGGAAUCACUCCCUGGACACCACACAGCAGGCAGAGCUUCCAUUGCCAACUCCACCUGCUCCUCAAGGAAACAGGUGUCGGGACAGCUGUGACUGUGCCAGAACGUGAGGGAACCCUGCGUGGCCUGCGUGGUCCCUGGCAUCACCGACACAGGGGGACA